AUGACGCGGCCCUAUCUUUUUGGAAUUGCGGUGCUCCUUGCGUGUUCCUGCCUGGAAGUAUCAUCGAGGCCUUCAAACAACGACGCAUCGGUACAAUAUGUGCCAUUCUACGGCGGCGCCAAGGGGCAAUACUUAGAAAUAAAGAAAGACAACCUGGGUAGAAUAACUGGGGAGAAAAUAGUUUCUGAAGAAAACAUCAGCAGUGAAAACAUUCUCAAAAAUAAUAGCAAUGAGAAUCUGCUAGCAAAGGUUAUGGCUGCGAAUUUACAAAACCUUAGAACACUUUCAACAAAUCUGCUCAAACUGCAUAACCUUGGACGGAAAACUGGUACCUUAGGGAACGUGGAAAAGGCAAGGUAUAAGACUCAGCUGGCAUCGCUGGGCGAAGCUGCUUCGAACAUGAUUAAGCUGAUAGAAGAAGUGGAUGACGUCAAUAUGUUGUUCAAGAAAAAUACCACUGUGAAAGCUAGAGAUGACGAUGAGGACGAUGAUUACGUUGCUGAAGAGGGCGUUGGCAUUGAAUCUGCAGAUGAUGAAGAUUCCAGUGACGGUGAUGGUUUUCUUAAUAAGGGAACCAUAGCUGAAGCCAAACCAGUUGGUCUUGCAGUUAUUGGAGAGCAUGGUCUAGCAGCUUCCAGACCCCUUGCUACCGCAGUAGCAGCUUCUGGUGUAGCACUAGCUAGACCUAUAGCUACAGCUGUAGCUGGAGUUGAUCCAACAGCUUUGGGCAUUAAUUUCCAGGUCAACCAUUCGAGGAACUGA